AUGGCAGCUACUCCGUACACAAGGGACCUGUUUGACAGCAUUGGCCGGACAUACCAUCUCGAUAUGCGUGGCGAACUCGGAGUUUAUCGCAUUUGUCGGUCGAGUUUCAAUGUUACAUUACAUAGAAGGGGAGAAUCCUUUGCCGACCUCGGUCAAUUUGCUUUAUAUUUGCCAAAUACGUACCACCAAGUCCCAAAUACAGGGACUGGAAUACUCCGGCGAAUCGUGAUUCAAAAGACAAGUGUCGCCUAG